CGCACCAUUGUGUGGCUGGACUCGGCCGCUGCUGCGGUGGGAAGCCCGUGUUCGGGUUUUUUUUUUUUCUUCCCCGCACCCGCAUCGCGGCUGCCGCUCUGCGGUUAGCCGUUCGACAUCUAAUUCCGGCACCACGUCCACCACGGAUAUGCCGCGCGUCUACAUAGGACGCCUCAGCUACAACGUCCGGGAGAAGGACAUACAGCGCUUUUUCAGCGGUUAUGGCCGACUCCUCGAAGUAGACCUCAAAAAUGGGUACGGCUUCGUGGAGUUCGAGGACUCCCGCGACGCCGACGACGCCGUUUACGAGUUGAACGGCAAGGAGCUCUGCGGCGAGCGCGUGAUCGUGGAGCACGCUCGGGGCCCGCGCCGCGAUCGCGACGGCUACAGCUACGGAAGCCGCAGUGGUGGUGGUGGAUACAGCAGUCGGAGAACUUCUGGCAGAGACAAAUAUGGACCACCUGUUCGUACAGAGUACAGGCUAAUUGUAGAAAAUCUUUCUAGUCGGUGCAGUUGGCAAGAUUUAAAGGAUUUUAUGCGGCAAGCAGGUGAAGUAACCUAUGCGGAUGCGCACAAGGAACGCACCAAUGAGGGUGUGAUUGAAUUUCGCUCCUACUCAGACAUGAAACGUGCUUUGGAUAAACUGGAUGGUACAGAAAUAAAUGGCAGAAAUAUUAGGCUUAUUGAAGAUAAGCCACGGACAAGCCAUAGGCGGUCUUACUCUGGAAGCAGAUCUAGGUCACGGUCCAGGAGAAGGUCUCGCAGUAGGAGUCGCAGGAGCAGCCGCAGUAGAUCGCGAAGCAUCUCAAAGAGUCGCUCCCGGUCCAGGUCGCGGAGCAAAGGUCGGUCUCGGUCUCGAUCAAAAGGCAGGAAAUCUAGGUCAAAGAGCAAAUCCAAACCCAAGUCUGACCGGGGCUCUCGCUCACGUUCUCGAAGCAGAUCUAAGGAUGAGUAUGAGAAAUCCCGAAGCAGGUCUCGCUCUCGAUCUCGGUCCCCCAAAGAAAAUGGAAAAGGUGACAUUAAGUCAAAAUCCAGAUCAAGGAGCCAAUCUCGUUCCAAUUCACCCCCCCCUGCUGCACCCUCAAAGGCUCGUUCUGUGUCCCCCCCACCAAAAAGAGCUACUUCAAGGUCCCGUUCUAGAUCUCGCUCGAGGUCAAGGUCCAGGUCCAGUUCCAGAGAUUAACUCAGAACUCUCCGUUCUUUGCACACUAUUACAGAACUCUUUCCUACUUGCUUAGGCAGUUCCUCUUCCAUGUUUGUACUCGUCCUCUGCAAUAAGAGGAAUCUCCUGCAAACAGGGGCACUCAAAUUGGAUUUGUAGCCAAAUUUUGACAAAAAGAUGAGGUUCUAAAAUGGUGGCAUGAAGUCAAAGACCCUCUCCCUUCUUUGUAGAAUUAAGAUAACUAUGAUUUUAUAGCUUUUGAGCUAAAAUAACUUUUGUAAAGAUUAAGCUCAAUUAGAUUUUUUUUUUUUUUAAUAUUUCAGCAGGAUCUGCUGCAGGGGUUUUUUGUUGUUUUAUUUGUUGCUUAUUUUUAAAUUAACCGUUUCAAGCUUUGGAUACUUAAGGCUAUAGAGGGAGAACCCAAUUUUCAAUUAUGUUGGCUUUUUAUAAAGCUUGAGUUAAUGUAAGAUUUAAAAUAAAAGUUUGCUACCAAGAUGAUUGCCUUAUUGAGUAGGUCACUAUUAAAUUCUUUCAAUGUUUAUUUGCUGUUUGUGGAAACAAUGUAAAUUCUACAGAAGUGUAAAACAAGGCAAGUCUCAGACCAGCAAUAAAUUAUUCAGUUUGAGUAACAUUAUUUUGUGCUUUUAAUAAAAAUUUCCAGUUUUCAUUUGCCCCCACUAACAAGUAGGGUGAAAAUUCCUAGUUGUUAAUCGGUCUUUGCCCAGUUUGCCUAAAUUAAAUACUUUUUUCCAAACUUAAAUUUGAGCACUUGGACAAAUCACUCCCUAAUUGUUAGGAUCUUCUAAAGCUUAAUGAUUCCACUUUCUGAUAGUGGUCAGUGUAAGAGUGUAGUUCAGUAGACUGUAAUGUUUGUCAUGUGAAAAUGGGAAUACACUUUUCUUUGAUGAGAAACUUAGUGCAAAGUCAGAGAGCUUAGACUGCAUUUUCUGCUGGAAGUUCGUUAUGCUUAACAAGCACCUAACAGAUCACUUGGUAAGAUUAGUUAACGAUUAAGUUUCUUCAACAUCGAUUGCCCUUGGUAGUUAGUUGGGUCAUAGGGUAAUUAGUUAAAUCAUCUUAGUACAAUUUAUACUUUGUGUGGUUGAUUUGGAAAACAUGGGUAAGCUCAACUCUGUACUUUAUUAUGAACAAAGCGUAAUGCCUACUGUAGAAACCAAAUUGAUGCUACAAAAAUGUGUAAAUUACUGGGUUAGUUUUAGUCUCUGCAUCUAGAAGCAUAGUUAGUUAAAGCUGCAAUUUGAAAAGUUAAUUGCCUUAUGUCCCUUUGUUCACUUUUAAAUUUUUCAUACUUAAAAACUUACUAACUUUAGUCUGAAACCAAGAUGUGGACAGAUUAAUGGGCACAGUUUGGAUAGCCUUCCUAGGCUAACAGAGUGGGACUGCAGUGUGCUGUGGAAGUGACUAGAAGAUGUGGUGAUGUUCCAUUUUCUGGGGCUGGUUUAUAGGUUCAGGUAAUCCAGAAGACAUCCAUCCCUAGUAAAAUGAGGCUGGAGGGAAACAGUACAUACAUACAAGGGCUUAGGUUGCAGUCACAGAAACUGGGAGUGUAACAAGUUCCUAAACUCCCUGUUAACAAUCUGAUUUAAGGAAUAUAGGCAGUUUCCCCAAAAGACCACUACUUCUAGAUGUUUGCAAGAAAUGGGUGUAUCUUUUUCCCAUCAUAAAUGUUAGAAUUUUAGAGAAGAAAAUGCAUAUGGUUCAUUAUUUUGCCUGUUAAAAAAGAAUAAAUAAUGACUUAAUUGGCUUUAAAAGUUGAUGAGCCACAGCCUCUCAAGGAGGAGUGUCAGUGUCAGAUAAUAGCAAACAGCAUUUUCAUGGGCUCUCAGUGGCGAUAGACAUUUAAGUGUUGUUAGCAUCCCUGAAAAUCAGGUUAUUGUACAUUGUGAAAACCUGUACCCAGUAACAAUCUUGCUGAUAGGAAAGACCAGUUUUUCAGAGUUGAGUUGUAGUCCAUACCUGUAGGCUUCGGUGCUUGUACAUAGCCAGUCACUGUUGGCAACACUGGCCACUUGCAGGCAGUUAAACAGAUGUUUGGGUGCUUGCCGAUGUGGGUGAGUGCCUGGCAUGUGCUCUUCAGGCUGCAUGGGGGGGUCUCCGGCUGAACUAGAACAAAGCAGAAAUGAGGAACGUCUUCUUGGUUGUCCUUUCAUUUAAUUGGGAUUUAUUGACAUGCCAUAGUGCCUUUAUGGCAUAAAAGUUCCCACUUCUAUGUUGCUACUUUUUAUCUUUGAAUCUUCUUUCUCCCACUUUGUUAAUCUAUUUUAUGCUUCAUCAAUAAAAUGCUUAUUGCUGAGG